UGUUUCUCUCUCUCUACGCGCUGCAGGUUUUCGAGAGGAGAGCUCCACUUGGAUGCCCAGAGGUUUGUCCACGGCUUCAUGAUGAACAGGAACAAGCGUGAGAAGGAGUACUACAGUAUAGAUGUGGGAGAUUCAACGUUCAUGGUUUUAAAACGCUACCAGAACCUCAGACCCAUCGGAUCCGGAGCGCAGGGGAUCGUCUGUUCAGCGUAUGAUCACAACUUUGAGAGGAACGUCGCCAUCAAGAAGCUGAGUCGGCCGUUCCAGAACCAAACUCACGCCAAGCGCGCCUACAGGGAGCUGGUGCUCAUGAAGUGUGUCAACCACAAGAACAUAAUCGGGCUGUUAAAUGUAUUCACACCACAGAAGACGCUGGAAGAGUUCCAAGAUGUGUAUCUGGUGAUGGAGCUGAUGGAUGCCAACCUCUGCCAGGUGAUCCAGAUGGAGCUGGACCACGAGCGGCUGUCCUACCUGCUCUACCAGAUGCUGUGUGGGAUCAAACACCUGCACGCUGCCGGCAUCAUUCACAGGGACCUGAAGCCCAGCAACAUCGUGGUGAAGUCCGACUGCACGCUGAAGAUCCUGGACUUCGGUUUGGCCCGAACCGCCGCCACCGGCCUCCUGAUGACGCCCUACGUUGUGACCCGAUAUUACCGCGCCCCCGAAGUCAUCCUGGGCAUGGGUUACCAGGCCAACGUUGAUGUCUGGUCUGUUGGCUGCAUCAUGGCUGAAAUGGUCCGGGGUAGUGUGUUGUUUCCAGGCACUGAUCAUAUCGACCAGUGGAACAAGGUGAUCGAACAGCUGGGAACGCCGUCUCAGGAGUUCCUGAUGAAGCUCAACCAAUCGGUGAGGACCUACGUGGAGAACAGACCUCGAUAUGCAGGCUACAGCUUCGAGAAGCUCUUCCCCGACGUGCUGUUUCCUGCAGACUCUGAACACAACAAACUCAAAGCGAGCCAGGCCCGGGACCUCCUCUGCAAGAUGCUGGUGAUCGACGCCUCAAAGCGGAUCUCAGUGGACGAGGCCCUGCAGCACCCCUACAUCAACGUGUGGUACGACCCGACUGAGGUGGAGGCGCCGCCGCCCGCCAUCACGGACAAGCAGCUGGAUGAGAGGGAGCACACGGUGGAGGAGUGGAAAGAUUUUAUAUAUAAAGAAGUGUUUGAAUGUGAAGAAAGGACGAAGAACGGAGUCAUCAAAGGGCAGCCUGCGUCCAUAGGUGCAGCAGUGAGCUCUUCUCCUCCUCCUUCUUCUUCAUCGACGUCUCCUCGCCCUGACUCUGACAGCAGCCUGCAGACGGCUAGCAUCGCCGCCGCCGCGGAUGCUACAUCCAGCCUCCUGCAGAUGACUAUCAUCUAACCCCCAAAACAUCCACUUCCUGGUCCUGGGCUGGGCCCCGCCUCCUGGUCAGACCCAAGACCACUUCACUAGCCCCGCCCCCUUUGCAUUUGCCCCUCCCACUUUCCCCUCUUGUGCUAGUCUUCAGUAGUGUAGCGAUUAGCCAGCUAGCUGUUUGAGAAAUUCUUUCUGAAAGGACAGAUCUUUAUUUUCUUUCUUAAAAAAAAUAAAAUACAAUUACAGUUAUUUUCUUUUUCAUUUUGAGUCCUAGCUGUAAUUUAUUGUGGCAUUUCUUAAUCUUUUUUUUCCCCUCACAAACCUAAGAUGACGAUAAGAGAGUUUUUAUGAUUUCACUACGUUCCGGUUAGUUUUUAACCGACAGUGAGAAUUGAAAGAGAUAUCUGUAAAAAAAAAAAAACGUUUUAAUGUGAUCUAUUUUUCUGUUGGACUUCAUUCGUUUCACUCGUAAGCUACUGCUUUUACAACUUGCCAUAUAAGUGUAGAUUGAGUUUGUACAGAUGUUAUGGUAAAUGUAGUUGUAUCUUCAAUACGAGUUGCAGUGAGCCAUUGAAACAUAAUCGAAUUGACAGACGUAUGAUCUUAGUACUCCCCUUAUCUAUGGAUAUCUUUUGAGUGCUUAUGACAUAUCCUAAAACAUGUUUUUAUUUUCUUGUGAGUCACUACUACUUCCUACAUUGUAAACAUGUGAUGAAAGCUUUAUAAUUUACUCUUCCUGUUCCGAUAAUAGGGUUUCAAAAGGAUUUUCACUCAGCAUAUGAUUCUGCAUUUACGCUAAGGGAUUGAGAAUGACAGUUAGGUUUCGCGAGAUAUAACUUGGGGCUUUUUGAUGACCGUCUUCUGUAUGUUUAAAGUGCUUUAAAGUAUUUUUGUGUGCAACAGGCGAAUGGAUCUGGAUCGAUGGUAUUGCUUUUUUAGGGCGGGAUGAGCUUUCGGGCUUGCUUUGACAAGUGAUUUGUCGCUAAAAGUAAAGAAUGUUUUUUUUGUGGGAGGUUUAUUGAGACGUAGGUGAGUUUUGCGAGGUUGUAAACUCGGUGAUGGUGUAAGUAUGUGCUUCAGUAAAGUAGGGAUUUGUGAGUUAUGGGAAAGCAUGUGAACGUGACAACGUUUAUCGAGGGAUAGUGAUUCUGCAGCCUGAUGGCAACAAAAAAACAACCAUAUCCUGUUAUUAGUAAUGUAGUCAAUUUGGAAUUUAAAGAGUGAUUUUUCUUAAGGAUGGCCAAACAUUUUGCGCACCAGACUUGCCUGCAUUUGUGAAAAAAUAACCUAGCACGACCAACGAGAGUCAAAAGAAACACAUGAUUCUUACGGUAUGCAAUAAUCGUGCCCUUGUUUCUUUAAUUUAGCUUUGAAAGGAAAAGUGCCUGUUUGUCAUUCAUUCCUGAGUACGUCGAAGGAAUUCAUUGCGUUAUGUUUUAAUGGUUAAAACGGUGGUUUCCAUAUUAAAACCGAUAAUGUAUGACAGGGUUGUAGUUCACACAAAAUGUGUCGUAUAUUUUUCUACUUGUUUUGGUUUCGACCCUUUGAGCGGGAGACGGCGGCGUCUUGCAGGGUAAGAAGGUGAGGGCGAAUACGUUGAGUAAUUUCAGGAGAAAAAAGGCAGUUUAUCAAAGUCUUUCAUCAAAGUAUGUUUCUUUGCAGUGACAACAACCGAAAUAUAUGUUAAUAACCGUCUUUUGGCUUUUCUAUGAGUACUAAUUUAAUGUGAUGAUUGUAAGAGAAGAAUGAACAGGAUGGGUUUAAAUUCAACUACUGGAUCAAACUAAAUGAGGGAACUUCGCGACUGCAUUUUUGUUAGUAUUUAGUGACGGUAUGGAUACCAUUUAAAUUAGCAGAAUAAUGCUUUAGUAAUCAACAUAUAUCUGAGAUACAGAGCCAAACAAAACAAAAAAAGUAACACUUGUGGUAUUUAACCAUAGUAACUCAAGUUUAAACAAGCCAUAUGAAAUGCAAGCUAUCUAGAAAAGUAGUGUAAUGGAUCAUGAAUAUAAUGGUCCUAAACAAAUAAAACGGGCUUACAUUGUAUUUUCAAUAUUUACUUUUUGUUAGGCUUAUUGCAGUUUAAUGCAUACAUUCUGCAUGCUUGAAAUGUUUGCAAAACUAACUUGUUAUUAGUAAGAGGCAGAGUUAGGGUUUAGUUACUGUCUCAAACCUGUCUUGCUCUUUGAUAACGACUCUUUGCGCAAAGCAAACUUGCAAGUAAGUCUUUAGACUGCAAUAUAAUAUGCUGUUAAAAAAACUUGUAACUGUCUGCCAAAUAUAAAAGGCUAAACAAACUAUUCAAACUAUUUAUUUUUAAAUGUUUGUUUCUCAAAUUCUGCCGCACUUUUGCUCCUCCUUUUCAAGCUCGACACCAGCAGUUCAUUCAAAUUGGUAAACAGUUUUAACUAACUAGUUUAAAACUUGUUAAGUGUAUCGGGUUGCACCAUCAAAACUUAACAAACAUGUUGAUAGGCAGAUAUAAUGUUAACAUUGAAUAUAUCAGCAAGCUAACGUUAGCUUUGUCACUGAGCUAUAUAACGUUAACAUUUAUUACAGUAUAUCAGCUAGCUCACGUUAGCUGUGUUACUUAGCUACACAACAGUUAACAUUUGAUAUAUUGACAAACCAUAGUUAGUUUACUCUCUAAGCUAUAUAAUGUUAACAUUUACUACAGUAUAUCAGCUAGCUCACGUUAGCUGUGUUACUUAGCUACACAACAGUUAACAUUUGAUAUAUUGACAAACCAUAGUUAGUUUACUCUCUAAGCUAUAUCAUGUUAACAUUUACUACAGUAUAUCAGCUAGCUCACGUUAGCUGUGUUACUUAGCUACACAACAGUUAACAUUUGAUAUAUUAACAAAGCUAAACCUAAGCUAUAUAAUGUUAACAUUUACUACAGUAUAUCAGCUAGCUCACGUUAGCUUUGUUACUUAGCUACACAACAGUUAACAUUUGAUAUAUUAACAAAGCUAAACCUAAGCUAUAUAAUGUUAACAUUUUAUAUAUCAGCAAGCUAACGUUACUGAGCUACGCAACAGCUAACAUUUGUUACGGAAUGCUAAUUAUAGCUAUGUCAGUUAGCUACACAAGAGUUAACAUGGAAUAUUAGCAGGCUAACGUUAGCUCUAUGUGGUGCAACCUGUUAUAAUGUUUUUUUAUUUUGUGAUUAAAUCUUAACUCAUCUUGAUAAAACUAGUUUGAAUUCAUGAACAGCUGGUGUAAUUGUCCCCGUUUUUUGGUAUUCAGAAUUAAAAAGGAAGGGUGGCUAGUAAAGUGCAAGGGCAGAUGAGUAGCUAAAUUCAAUCUGCAGUCAUAAAUGAUCCAGUAGUGUGCAGAAAUGUUAAAUGAUGUCUCACAUAUGUAAGAAGGCAGGGAGAAAAUCAGUGGUCUGUUUCCAUUUGUCAUAUUAGCUAAAAUAAUCAAUCAGAAAAAAACACUUUUGUGUAAAGUGCUCUUAAUUUCGUUAACCCAAUAUUAGGGGCUUUCAUUUGAAUAUUUCCUUGUGGUUUUUAUUUUAUUUUUCUGAGGUUGUUGUUGCUUUUUUUUAAAUUACAAUUACCGCAUCUCUCCAAACUAUGUCAUUCUGAUUUAAGUCGGCUUUGAUGAACUACCUCACGCUGAAUUUCUGCCCGUUCUUGCAUAUACUUAGUCGCCUGCAGAAUUAGCUAUCGAAGACGUGUGAAUAACAGAUUCCAUUAUUUAUUUAUUUGAAAGUGUACUAUUUGUCGGUUUCAACAGACUUCUAGUUUUGUACAUUAUGUAUACUUCACCUAGAAGUAAAGAGAAUUGUUAUAUGCAUUUUUUUUGGUCCUUUUAUUUUGGUUUGUUUUUUAGUUUUUAAACUAAAUGUGCAAUACCUUCAGCAAACUGUGCUAGUAGUGUGUGAUGGGCCUAGCCUUUUGUUAGCUGUCUCCUGAAGGUAAAGAAAAUGUUUGGUACUGUCAAUCCAUGUUUUCCUUUUUUAUGAAUAAGAUCCAUUUUUAUUUCUGUGACUUGUUUAUAGUCAUGAUGUUACGUAAUCAGUCUUACCCGCCAAAUAAAAUCUGUCGGCUCGAGGUUUGACGCAGAGACAGGAAGUUCUCUGAGUCACAACAAGGCCAACAGGUUUCUGAUUUGCAGUGUGUGGUAAGGACAAUAAUGUUAAUAAACACAAAAAAGACGAGUAAAUACCUACAAGAAAUCAUUAUAUGUAUGGUGCUGGUUUGUAAUGUUUGCUAGUGAAUCCAGCCAUGCAAGUAGUUUUAAGAAUUCCUGGAUCUGCGCGUCCCAAAAAAACGCAACCAACGAAGAAGUGCACUGCUAGAAUACAUGCACAAGGAUCUGAUGAUGCCACCUCCUAAAAAAAAAAACAUGUACUGCAAAUAAAAGAAAUACACUUUGAA